UGCUUCACAGUACUGCUUAGCCAAUCAAACACGACACACACGAAGCGAGAACAAUUUCAGAACACUGAAUAGUUUUCGCACACAGAGACAUGACGGACUUUAGCGUUGCCAAUUUCAGGGACUACCAGGAGUAUGUACGCUCCUUCACGAUUAUCGAGGACUUCCGGUACCUUCCCGGCCACAAAACAGUCACAACUCUUGCGAAACUUGGGUAUCGGGAGCAUCGCACCUUCUACGAAGAGGAUGAGUUCCAUAAUGCAAAGAAGCAAGUGGAACAGCUGCUGAAUCCUACAGUUUCAGCUAUUGUAGAGUAUAGUUUGUAUUUCAAAGGAACCGAUCAGGCUCUUCGGGCCUUGGCCGAACGGGAACAUCUUAAUAUCCAGCAGGAGAUCUCCACCAUUAUAUUUCUGGAGAUUAGCGGUAAAAGCGGUUUCGCCAAAUCGGGCUACAUAGACUUCGAGUCCAGUCUGCGUAACUUUCGGUUUAAAGGACCAAACGCGGUUGACUGGAGAGCAGUCUUCGAGGAGCGGAAAUUGUUGCGACCUCAGCAGACCGAUAUCGUGUACUACGACUGGCGAACCAGAAGGAUCUAUACGAAUGACAACGAUAAUUACACGGUGGUGGCUCAUGCUGAAUAUGGCCUUAUGUUCACCCAUAAGGGUGAUCAUAAGAACAUACCGGUGACCACCAAGAAGAAUCCUUUUAGUGCCAAUGUAACACGCUAUCAGAUCAAGUCUGAUUUGUACGGAUUUAUCAUAUUGUAUGAUCAUCAUGUGCGAAAGAAGACAUAGGUGCUCUAGCGGCUUCUGUUUAAUUAGUUUUGCAGCCACUAAAUAUUGCUUUGAAUAGCUGAAAAUAA